UGAAACAGUAAAGUGUGUUUCUGUAUGUCUGCGUGAAGGGUUACUAUAGCAACAGACACACGCCGAGUUGCAAGAAGUCAGAAGUAUGUCUGCCAAAAAGAAAGGAGGCAAGCUGAGCAAAGCGGAGAGGGAUAAGCUACAGAGAGAGGAGGAUGAACGCAAACAGAAGGAAGAGGAGGAGGCUCGUCUGGUGGCGGAACAAGAGGAGCAGGAGAAGAGGGAGAGACAACGCCAGGAGCAGGAGGAGCAGGAGAGACUGGAGCUCAAGGACAAGGAACGCAGAGAGGAUGAGCUAAAUGAACUGCGCCAUCUGCUGGAGGAAAACCACACUGCAGUCACUAAAUGGGAAGCUGAAUCGAGGGAAAAAGCCAAGUGGGAGCGUUACAUGCGCUGCGAUGGCACCCCAGACCCCUCGGUGCUGCAGGAGAUCAACACCUUCAUCGCGCUGUGGCGGGAGGACCGUGAGACUCAGGGCCAAAAGAUCAUGCAGCAGUGUGACCUGGCGCUGCAGCUCAUUGAUGAGCUGGAGGGUCUUUUGGCCGACCAACCGGAGCCGAAGGAGGUGCUCCAGUACAAGGAGACGAUGGUGUCACUCCAGGAGCUGGUCCACACAAAAUACAACCUCAUCACUGAAGAUCUCCUCAAGUUGGCAAACACUAAAUCAGACAUCGAAACAGGGAAUAUGCAAAUGGUGGUCCAGGAGAAGAACAUCACUUUGUGUCUUUGGGCUAACCUGAACAAGAACCCUAGGUUUAAAGGCUUUGACUUCCAGGAGGUGCAGCUGGGCUUCAAGCUGCCCAAGCAACUGGCCGUGAGCGAUGUGGCCGUCUGCAUCUUGCACACGCACUUCGAUCACCUGUCUCACCUGAGCCGACCAACGGCGCUGUGCUCACGCAGCUCUUUCGCCAGUGUUGCCGCGGGCGACCAGGAGCCUCAGGGGCCCGCUGACACCCCCGCUGCUGCCCUGGAAAGAGAGGGGGAGGGGGGUGGGAGAGAGAGCGCCCUCCCGGGGGAAGAGGCUGAAGUACUGUCACUGAAAUCAGAGGGCAGGAAGAGUGCUAUCAGUAUUCAGUCUGGGAAAGACGACAGGAAGAGCGCUCCACUGAAGCCAGUAGAUGGGAAUGACCCUGAGGAGAUAAAUACCAUGGUGGAGGGUGUAGACUCCGGCGAGGGUGAUUCCUCUGCCCCGGCGGUCGACCCGGCGAAUGACAGCCCGGCGGGGAGUGUGGUGGACCUGCACCAGUUCACCUCUCUGGGGGGCGUCUUCUACUUUGACGUGUUCCACCUGCCACCUCAGGCUCACUCGCUCUGUGGCUGGGAGAUCAGACAGUUGCUGGACACAGGCCUGCAGGUGUUCCCCUACCCCUCAGAGCAGACCCCUCUCCACAGCUCCACCUCAGGCAGGCUGGACGAGAGCAUCGCCCUUUCCUGCCCCCCGGUCGAGGUGUCUGUCACGCUGCCUGACUCUGUCAUCUUCCUGGAGGACCCCCAGGUGGCGCGCUGGGACCCCACAGACCAGCACUGGAAGAUCGACGACUGCAUCAGUGAGGUCUUGUACGACGAGUCAACGAGGAGCCUCUCCUUUAGCAUGGACGCCUUCUACACCUUCACACUCAUGCAGGACUUGUACGCUAACAUGCCCUUCCAGGACUGGGAGCUGAGGCCCUUGGGCCAGGACUUGGCCCUGCUCAGCAUCACCGGGGCCCUCAUAGAAGUCAGCAUCACCAUCAAGGGUAACCAGUGCAUGCUUCAGACGGAAGACGAGAACACACCAACCCACAUCCUGGGCCAGUGGAUGAGCGUGUCGGCGCUGCAGAAGGCCGUGACCAGUGCAGGUAUCUGCAUCUUCACCAACGAGCACUCCGACAAGUACGUCAGCGUCAACGCCAAGGACCCGCUGAUCGAGCAUACAGUCUAUGAGCAGAUGGCUCUGGUCUCCUCAGCGGUGGCUUUUUCCUGGAGCCGGUGGAAUUCACGGUGCGGACAGGAGCACCUGGUAUUACAGGUGUGUGAGCAGCUGGGGGCGGAGCCAGUGAAGCUGGAUGCAUGGUCCUUGUACCUGCUGGGCGCCCAGCGGAGUCAGCGUCUGGCCAUGAGCGAGUACAGCGUCACCUUCAGUCCACAGCUGGCGCCGCACACAGAGUUCCACUCCACCUUCCUGCACAUGAUGGGCGACAGCCUGAGCGCCGUGGCGGCAGAGCGUGUGCGUGCGUCGCACCACCUGUACGUGGAGACGGUGCAGAGGCUUCUGUGUGCCACACGUGUGCUCACAUACACCUGAACACACACACACACACACACAGGCUCACACACACGCAUGUAAAAUUCCAUACUUGCACACAAACAUCUAUGGCUACAUAUACAGGGACUCUCACAAACACUCAGGUUAAGAAGAAUAAAUCAUUACACAUGUGUA